AUGGACAGUGCGACCAAAGUUAAAAAGCAAGAAGUCAAACAAGUGAACGUGCAGCUCGACCCUGGGGUUAAUGAGAAGAAACAUCAUAGCAAGACGGAUAACGUGGCUAAAUGUAAGCAGCAGGACAGACAACAAAAUGUACUCCUGGAUAACGCAAGUAAAAACAAGCAACAAGACUCUAAGCAGCAAUUGACGCCGACCGAAAACGUGGCAAAGACAAAGCAGGACGUCAAACAGAGCCUGCAUACUGACCCGCCAAAUAAAAGUAAACGGCAAGAUGGCCCAAGUUCAGGAGCAGAAAGUUCAACUAAAGUUAAGCAACAAGACGCCAAGCUGCAAAGUGUGCAGGCUGACGGUGUGAAUAAAGCUAAGGACAAGGUGGAAGACAAAACAAAACCUGGUUCUGACAAAGCAAACUCACAGAAAAUCACAGAGACAAGUGCGGCCAAGUCACGCAAGGGUUCUGAAUCGUCCGAAAAGAUGGAUAGCACUGAGAAGACUGGCAAAUCUAGAGGACAAGCACCACUAGCACCAGCGCAGGUCCAAGCUGGAGUCACGCAGGCUCCAGCAAGGAACAAAUCUGAGAAGCAGCCAGGACCAAACAGCAGCUAUCGUACGGGUAAAGAGGAGAGAGCCCACUUAGAGGCGCUGGAGGAAAACCCAAUGUCUCCGUCUUCUUGUGCUCCCUCUCCAUCCUCGAGCAAAUCCAGACCUGUGUCUCCUGGAGAUAAAAACAGCUUUGUCACUCAACUCACUUGUGUGGCCAAAACUGUACUGGGGCCAAUCAAAGGGGGGUCACAAGAAGGAGUGAAAGUCAAAGACAAAACUAGUGAAGAGAAAAGAGGAAACACAGCAGGAAAGUCAGAGGCUGGAGGUGGACGGAGAGGUGCAGCGCAGUCUGAUAAAAGCAGCCGAAGCUCCAAGUAUCACUAG